AUGAACAUGGACAUGGAACGUACUAGCUUUACAAGUAUGCUGGAGGAUUCGCAGUUUGGCGGACCGUUGCAUAUCUCCCAGCAGCCAUUGAUGCAUGCACAAGCUCAAUCGGCAUUUGGAUUUCACAGCACAAUGGCUAUGGAUACACCGCAGUUUAUGAAGCAGCAGUCAAUCGAACAACAAGCACCUCCUCUCGCGUCAGUUCCAGUGCAACUUCCAGCGGAUCAAUCGAUUCCAGAUAUGCUUCAGAGUACGAUGAGCCGCAGUAACAGCUGUACACUGACCCCUUCAAACGCCGAGGCAUUUUUGCUCUCUCUUGUGGACUGUGAGCUUUGUGUAUCUUCGAUUUCUAAUCUACCAAUCUUUCUCCAGUUUCUGCCCCGGUGUAAGACGGAGCCAGAGCAAACGCUUGCACUUGUAGUACUUCGUGCAACCUCGACCGCAAGCGAUACUAAGCUAUCUCGCGCUUGUGCUGGUGCAUUUGAGAAGAGCGGUGGACUGCAUCUCGCGCGGACCUGGGUUGAUUCUGCUGUGACUUGGCAGCACAAUGACUUGCUGGUAUUACUCUUAGAAGUGCUGCAGACACUACCGUUGCAAUUAACUAGUAUUACGGAAGCACGAAUUAAUGAGCCAAUUGUCAAGUUGCGCAAGAAUGCUUGCGAUGAACGCGUCAAACGUGCUGCUCAGGAUCUUCUCAAGUUUUGGCGUGGUAAGUUUACUGAAAAAGAAAAGUCCUCUGUGGCAUCGGUGGUAGCACAGGAAAAGACCCACGAAACUUUCAGCGCAAACAAACCGUCCUCAUCAUCGACUUCUUCCGCAAAGCAAGUACCUGCUAUAGCAGCUAGCUCUAAUGCUAGCAAGACAGUGCCGUCAAAGCAGCCAAAGGUCACGAAGAAGCGUACAAUUAAGCGGUUAGAACGGCUUCCUUUUGGUGGCGGCAGUGCAGUAUCGAAGUCUAGCGACUUGAUUGGAAACUUGAUGCAGCGCAAGUCGGCAAAGGAUGCCGCUACUGCUGCAGCUGAAGUGGAAAAAAAGAACACCAGUAGUAAGAGUACCAGUAGCAGCAAAUCGGACAUUAUGAAGAAUGAGGAAACGAAAUCAAGAAAGUCUAGCAGUGCAAAGGAUGACUCGAUAAGUGCUGAUGACACGCUGUCCAUGCCUCUUCCUACAAUUCAAAGUUUCAAGGUGGUUUCAUCCACCGGUGGCGUAACAAAAGAACGCAAAUGUAUUCGUUGGGCAGAUGAAAGUGGUGAAGAACUUGUCAUGGUAAAACUUAUUGAGUCUUGGCGAGAUCUUGUGCCGCAUGACCCGCGCCACGAUGAUCAGUCUUUCAAAGAUGCCAAGCUUCGUGAGCACGCUAAUGAGCGACACGCGCUACUCGCGCAGCAUCACAAAGUACCGCCUGCUGUGGUAGCUUCUCGGUCGCGCGAAUGGACUACACCACCGUUCAUUCGACUGCCAGAAGAUGUAGCAAAACGUGUGGACGGUAACACUGUUACAGACGAGAUGCACGUCCAAGACAGUCGUCGUCGCCAUGUGGACGAGUACGAAGUUCUUGCAGGUGAGAUGCCUAUUGCGAGUCCUAAAGAGUGGGAGCGCGUGAACGAUCCUCACCGCGGACCACCGUUGGAAAUUCCAUUGAGUGACGUAAUUGAAGGCAAUGCUAGCAAUCAAUCUCCACCCAGAUCUGCUCCUAUGAUGGUUGCUCCGGCAACCUCAUCAUCCCGAGAGAGAUAUUCUUCUGGAGGGUACGUCCAGACCUCACGAGAUUAUGAUCAACGAGGUUUCAGUCGUAGUGAGUACAAUGGUUGUCAAGACCCUGAUGCGGACCGUAAGCUCCGUGAGGUGUUAGGUCCUUUGCAAGAGAACACAGUCUCGCUUUUGCUAGACUGUCCAGAUGUGGUGCCACAGGUACUCGAGGAGGCGCAACGCCAUGGCAAUCGUAUUUCAGAUGCGCGUGUAUUUGAAAUUGUGGAUCAGUACCGUCGCGGACGCUAUCAAGCGCCGCCUCCUGUUGGUAGUGGUCAACCACCUUCAUAUAGUCCUUAUGGUAGUCAGCAGCAGCAACAGCAGCAGCAGCAACAACAGCACUUUGGUGAUAUGGGCCCUGGCACUGGUUAUGGCCAUCAGUAUCAACAGCAGUACCCGCCUCAACAAGGCCCACUUGGAGGGCCCUUUGUAUCUGGAAACCGGAAAACAGAUGCCUUGAACUCUCUACAAAAUGGCCUCAUGCCUGAUGCAUUGCAGUCACACAAGCGGCUAACAAAGAAGGCCCGUAGCAUGCAGCCAUGCAGGUUUUUUACUUCACCAAUUGGCUGUAAGCAUGGUGGAAACUGUCACUAUGCACAUAUUCAGCCGGUGCCGGCAAACGGUCCUGAGCUUAUUUAUAACAAUAGUGGUCCCAUGAUGGGAGGCCGAGGUGGUGGUCAUAUGGAGCGAUAUGGCCAUGUCGGCAUGUCGCGCGGAAAUCCCAGUCAUCAAGUGCGUGGAGGACGGUAA